GGCUGUGAAGAAGCUAUGGCGUUAAAGUUUUGCUCUCUUUAUCAUAUCCCAGCUCUCUUAUGCUGGUGCUUUUGCUUCUUCAAUUCAAUCACUUGCUUUCAAAAUGAAACUGACAGAUUUGCUUUAAUAUCCUUUAAACUUGCCAUACAACAAGACCCAUUUCAAAUCCUCAGUUCUUGGAAUAAUUCGCUGCAUUUCUGCGAUUGGCAGGGCAUUUUUUGCAGUCGGAGGCAUUCUGGUAGGGUCAACGCCUUGAACCUGAACUCGCAAGGCUUGGUAGGAUCACUCUCACCACAUAUUGGAAACCUCUCCUUUCUUAAGAGUAUCGAUUUGGUCAAAACAAUAGCUUUUAUGGGCGAAAUUUCCCACCAGGAAAUAGGUCGUUUACGGCGCCUAGAUCAUUUAACACUCAGCAAUAAUUCUUUAGCGGGAAGAUACCGGCAAAUUUGUCAGUUGCUCGAACCUUGUGUAUUCUUGCAUCUCAAUCACAACAAGUGCAGGGUUAACAUCCCCUUCCGAACUGGGCGUUUUUAAUGAAAAAUUGAAGCUUUAGGUUUGGGUCAAAAUAAUCUCAAUGGAAGGAUUCCUCCUUCCAUUGGGAAUCUUUCAUCUCUUUUACAAAGGCUUUCUUCUUGCCAUUCGAACAAGUUUACUGCGACCAAUCCAAUUUUCACUGUUAAAUGCUUCCUCGCUUUGAUAAUUUUGAUUUUAUCUGAAUUUUCCUUUAAUCAACUAGAAGGUGACUUAAGUUUCAUUGAUUCUCUGACUAAUUGCUCUAAUUUAAUCCAUAUGAACGAGAAUCUAAUUUUCUUAGUGGGUCUUUAACCCAAUUCCAUAGCAAAUCUCUCCAAAGAAAUGGACACUUCAGUCUAUCAAAAACAUCAGUUUCAAGUACAAUUCCUAUCGGAGUUUCAAAACCUCAUCAACCUGCGACUUUUGUUGUUAGCAAUAAAUUACCUCACUGGCCCUAUUAUACUUAAUUUUGAGAAAUUGCAACUGCUGCAAGUGUUGGACUUGGGGAGCAACGGAUUAACAGGAACUUUGCAUCUUCAAUGGUUAAUUUUAUAUUAUGUUGAGUCUUCUCUAUUACAGUUGAAUAAUCUAAGGAAGCAUUCUUCAAAUCUGGAAAAUUGCCAUAAUUUGAUUGAUUUGGAUCUAUCACAUAAUAGUCUCAGUGGUUCAAUACCAAAACAGGUCAAAAUUGGUUCUUUCCUCUCUUUCAGUUUCUCUCAAUUUAUCUGCCUAAUGCACUUAGUGGUUUCUUUCCAUUAGGAAGUUGGCUUCUUGCAAAAUCUUCGUCAAAUUGAUUUCUCCAAUAAAUUAUCUGGCAUGAUUCCAAACACCAUUAGCAAGUGUUUGAUUUUAGAAGAGCUUCAUCUAGAGGGAAAUUCAUUUGAAGGGAAGAUACCUCAGUCAUUUAGUGCUUUACAAGGUUUAAGGAAGCUCGAUAUUUCAAGCAACAAUUUUUCAGGAGAAAUUAUGAAUUCAUUAGCCGACCUUAAAGAGUUGAACUAUUUGAAUCUAUCUUUCAACCAAAUCCAAGGAGAGGUUCCCAAACUUGGAGUUAAACUUGGAGUUUUUCUAAAUGCAAGUGCAGUGUCACUACAAGGAAACAAUGGUCUGUGUGGAGGUAUUGCUGAAUUCAAGCUUCCUUUUUGUCCUUCCCCCAGCUCCAAGAACAAAGAAUCCUCUGCAACGAAAGUAAUAAUCCCUGUGGUUCUCAGAAUAUUUCUGGCUGUUUUGGUGUGUGUGUUAAUUAUUUGGUAUUGCAAAAGAAAUCCUAGAAAGAUGAAUCUUUCUAGACCAUCAUUUCAAUACCAAUUUUUGAGAAUAUCUUAUGCAGAAGUCUUCAAAGCAACAAAUGGAUUCUCUAUAGAAAACAUAAUUGGUGUUGGUACCUAUGGCUCUGUCUAUAAAGGAUUUCUUGAACAGGUAGGAAUAGACGUGGCGAUCAAAGUUUUAAAUCUGCAACGAAGAGGAGCUUCAAACAGUUUCAUGUCAGAAUGCCAAGCUCUCAGAAAUGUUAGGCAUCGAAAUCUUUUGAGGCUGCUCAGUGUGUGUUCUAGCAUUGACUUUGAAGGUAAUGAUUUUAAAGCUUUAAUAUAUAAAUUUCAUUGGCCAAUGGGAGCUUGGAGUGGGAGCUUGGAGAAAUGGUUGCAUGCACAGAAUGGAAUAGAAGGAGAAUCAAGAUAUCUGAAAUUAAUAGAUAGAUUAAACAUAGCCAUUGAUAUCGCUACAGCAAUAGAGUAUCUUCAUAAUGGAAGCUCAACAACAAUCAUACAUGGCGAUCUAAAGCCAAGUAAUGUUCUAUUGGAUGAAGAGAUGAUUCCUCAUAUUGGAGAUUUUGGGCUGGCUAAAAUUAUCUCCGCAAUAUCUGAUGAGGCUCCAUCCAGCAGUUCGAUAGCUAUUAAAGGAACUAUUGGCUAUGUUGCUCCAGAUUAUGGAAUGGGUGGUAGAAUAUCAGUAGAGGGAGAUAUAUAUAGCUAUGGGAUUUUAUUAUUGAAAAUGUUUACAGGAAAGAGACCAACCGCUAGUGAUUUUCAAGAUGAUUUAAAUCUUCAUACUUUUGUUGAGAGAUCUUUUUCAUAUGAAGUAAUGGACAUUGUGGAUUCAAGAAUUCUAUCCGAAGAGGAAAGAUGGUAUUUUGAGGAAGGCAUUGUUUCUAUACUAAAAGUUGGACUCGCAUGUUCAAUGGAACAACCAUGUUCAAUGGAACAACCGCGAGAAAGAUUACCAAUCCCCAACGCAAUAAAUGAAUUGCGGAAGAUCAAGAGCAAUUAUCUAAAGAGAAGGCUAGAGCAAGAGCAAAGGAAUACCUACCAAAUUGGAGGUCCAAGCGCUCCUAACCAUUAGUGCUGGCUUAAGUUUUCAAAUAAAAAAUAAGU